UUAUUAAUAAAAGCAAAACUCUUUAUAAUUGCUAAUAAUUGAAAUUAUGGUUAUUAUGUAAUAAGUAUAUAAAACAAUGUCCAUAUUAGGAUAAACACUGUUUACAAGACGUCACUGUUUGUUUUGUUUUGUUGUUGCUAUUUCCAAAUGAAUGUCAAAUGUUGUUUACACUUGCAAAAAAAAACAUAUGAGUUGUCAAAAUGUGUAAAUUUGAUGAGGUUCAUCAAUUGUGAUUAAAAGAACAACACGUUGUUAUUGUUUCAAUACAAGUAGUUUUAUUUAGUACUCGACCGCGGCCGGUUAUAAACUAUAUUAAUGAAAAUCGAAAAAUUAAUAUAAUUUAUACGGAUAACGGUAUAAGAAGAGUACAAGGUGCAUAAACGGUUGAGGGGUGCUUAAGUUUCAGAUUUGCAUUGACCAACGCAGUGUAGUACGAUUAGUCAACACAUAUUGGACAUAUUGAUAAGGGUUACUACAAGAGUAUUUAUCUACACAGCAUUUUAACAUGGCAACUGGUACAAGGAAGGCUGCAGUAAGGCUGCUGAAAUGCUUUUGCGGUUGCUCGGAAAUGACAGAGGAUGAGGUGCGACGUAUUUAUCGCUUAAGUACACAAGAGACGUUGAAUGACCCACGGGCCGCAAAGAUUUUCCGCAAGUUCUUAGAACAAGAUCGUUGUGGAGAUAAAGGCGAAAUAGAAUGUUACUUGGAUAUUUACGAGCUGUGCAAUGACUAUCUUAAAGAGAGUUCGCUAACGUGCGAACAGUUAAACGCGCUCGUCGAAAUGGAAUUGAAGUACUACUUAGAGAAGAAAUUAAAUUUGUACAUAAUGAUGCUGGAAGAACAACAAAAGCCCGACAUAUCCGUACAUGAAGUAGAACGUGAUUUAAAGCGCAUACAAGCGGACUAUCGUACUGAGAUCGAAACUAGCGAUGAAUACAAAAAUUACAAACAUGCGAUAUUAAAUAAAAUAAAGAGGGGAACUUGAAACUCGAGGACGAGGCAGCGACGAAAACAACGAAAAUUUUAACAAUGGUCAACUGCCUCAAAUAUUUGCUUUCCAACUCACGUACAUAUUUAUAAUAUAUUUAUUUGUCUCAAGUAGUGUUCCAAAGAAACAACACGUUUUAGUUUCCUCAUUCUUAUGGAAUGUUUGAUGCGGGGAAACAUCACACAUAUUUUUGUUAACGAUAUUUUGAUAUUUUUACGUGUCCAUUUAAUAACGUCCUAUGUACAUAUGUAGUUAUUAUGUAGUUUAAGUUUUUACACAAUUCUGCUUUAUUUGUAAAAUAACCAGCAGCUAGUUGCUGUUCAAUGUGCUUAAUUAUACACUUACAUAUGUAAAAUAAAAUUACGUUUUUUGCACACAACUCA